AUGUCUUCACAAGAAAAAAAGACGAAACGUAAAAGCACAAUGAUGUUGAGUUUAAUCAGUCGUUUUGACGGCGGUCAAGCAGAAAGUGGGAACGAAACAGAUACCGAACACUAUUCCCCAGAUAACGAAACAUCUGAAGAAAUAGCAAGAAAUACCAAGGAAGAAUUCAUUCAAGCAACGUUUGAAAAGCAAGCUGGAAGAAUCCAAGAUUUCAAAUUCUAUUUCGGAAGGAACAAUCGUGGUGUUACGGGUUUGUUUAUUCGAACGGUUCUUCCACAAAGUCCACUUGCGGGUAAAAUCGAAAGUGGCGAUCAGCUAAUAAAGGUAAAUGACACAGAUGUCAAAAAUUCAGAAAGUGUCGCUUUCAAUCGGAUCUUGGAUAACUUAUCUGGAACAGUGACGCUGGAAGUCUCGAGAAUCAGUCAAGACAAAGAGGUGAACGAAAAGGAAGAGUUAGAAGAGAAGGAAUUGGUUGAAAGGAUGCCUUCUAAUACCGCGACGAUGAUUAUAUCAAGAAUUGACGCUGAGAAGGAAAAAAACCGGGAUGAGAUCGAGGGCGAACAAAAUAAAACCGAAGGAAUGGAAGGUAAUAUUGAGAAAGCUUCCGGGAGAGAAAUAGAAGGAGCCCGACGACAGGAAAUAACACCAGUAAAGGAAGAUAAUGGUAAACAAGAAAACGUUGAUAGUGAAAGUGUCAUGCAACGUCCUCAAGAUGGGAAUGCUGAAGUGAUCACUAACGUGAUACGCCCUGAUGAUGAUGUAAGCCUGAACGGAGACAGAAAGGAGGGAAAAGGAACGCAGAAAAGGAAACCCAUGCCAAAACCAAGAAGUGUGGGCGAUGGAUUGUUUUGGUUAGAGAGAAGAAGACGUUCUAGAGCAAUUGGGCUAAAGGAAGCUAGGGAGAAGGAGGAGCACAGGCAAGAGAUUGAAGGCGAACAAAAUGCUUUUAAAGGAAUGGAAGGUAAUAUUGAGAAAGCUUCCGGGAGAGAAAUAGCGGCCCGACGACAGGAAAUAACACCAGUAAAGGAAGAUUAUGGUAAAAAAGAAAACGUUGAUAAUGAAAGUGUCAUGCAACGUCCUCAAGAUGGGAAUGCUCAAGUGAUCACUAACGUGAUACGCCCUGAUGAUGAUGUAAGCCUGAACGGAGACAGAAAGGAGGGAAAAGGAACGCAGAAAAACAUCUUGGAUAACUUAUCUGGAACAGUGCCCCUGAAAGUCGUGAGCUGGUUUUUCACUGCAAUUGAUAGAAUCAGUCAAGACAAAGAGGUGAACGAAAAGGAAGAGUUAGAAGAGAAGGAAUUGGUUGAAAGGAUGCCUUCUAAUGCCCCGACAGUGAUUAUAUCAAGAAUUGACGCUGAGAAGGAAAAAAACCGGGAUGAGAUCGAGGGCGAACAAAAUAAAACCGAAGGAAUUGAAGGUAAUAUUGAGAAAGUUUCCGGGAGGGAAAUAGGAGCCCGACGACAGGAAAUAACACCAGUAAAGGAGGAUAAUGGCAAACAAGAAAACGUCGAUAUUGACAGUGCCAUGCAACGUCCUCAAGAUGGGAAUGCUGAAGUGAUCACUAACGUGAUACGCCCUGAUGAUGAUAUAAGCCUGAACGGAGACAGAAGAAGACGUGUGGGCAAUCGAUUGUUUUAUAAUAGGUUGGAAAGAGGAAGACGUUCUAGAGCAAUAUUAAUUGCGCUAAAGGAAGCUAGGGAGAAGGAGGAGCACAGGCAAGAGAUUGAAGGCGAACAAAAUGCUUUUAAAGGAAUGGAAGGUAAUAUUGAGAAAGCUUCCGGGAGAGAAAUAGAAGGAGCCCGACGACAGGAAAUAACACCAGUAAAGGAAGAUAAUGGUAAACAAGAAAACGUUGAUGAUGAAAGUGUCAUGCAACGUCCUCAAGAUGGGAAUGCUGAAGUGAUCACUAACGUGAUACGCCCUGAUGAUGAUGUAAGCCUGAACGGAGACAGAAAGGAGGGAAAAGGAACGCAGAAAAGGAAACCCAUGCCAAAACCAAGAAGUGUGGGCGAUGAAUUUUUUUGGUUAGAGAGAAGAAGAUGUUCUAGAGCAAUUAAGCUAAACUUUAAGGAAGCUAGGGAGAAGGAGGAGCACAGGCAAGAGAUUGAAGGCGAACAAAAUGCUUUUAAAGGAAUGGAAGGUAAUAUUGAGAAAGCUUCCGGGAGAGAAAUAGAAGGAGCCCAACGACAGGAAAUAACACCAGUAAAGGAAGAUAAUGGUAAACAAGAAAACGUUGAUAGUGAAAGUGUCAUGCAACGUCCUCAAGAUGGGAAUGCUGAAGUGAUCACUAACGUGAUACGCCCUGAUGAUGAUGUAAGCCUGCACGAAGACAGAAAGGAGGGAAAAGGAACGCAGAAAAGGAAACCCAUGCCAAAACCAAGAAGUGUGGGCGAUGGAUUGUUUUGGUUAGAGAGAAGAAGACGUUCUAGAGCAAUUGGGCUAAAGGAAGCUAGGGAGAAGGAGGAGCACAGGCAAGAGAUUGAAGGCGAACAAAAUGCUUUUAAAGGAAUGGAAGGUAAUAUUGAGAAAGCUUCCGGGAGAGAAAUAGGGGCCCGACGACAGGAAAUAACACCAGUAAAGGAAGAUAAUGGUAAACAAGAAAACGUCGAUAAUGACAGUGUCAUGCAACGUCCUCAAGAUGGGAAUGCUCAAGUGAUCACUAACGUGAUACGCCCUGAUGAUGAUGCAAGCCUGAACGGAGACAGAAAGGAGGGAAAAGGAACGCAGAAAAGCAUCUUGGAUAACUUAUCUGGAACAGUGACGCUGGAAGUUUCGAGAAUCAGUCAAGACAAAGAGGUGAACGAAAAGGAAGAGUUAGAAGAGAAGGAAUUGGUUGAAAGGAUGCCUUCUAAUACCCCGACAAUGAUUAUAUCAAGAAUUGACGCUGAGAAGGAAAAAAACCGGGAUGAGAUCGAGGGCGAACAAAAUAAAUCCGAAGGAAUUGAAGGUAAUAUUGAGAAAGUUUCCAAGAGAGAAAUAGAAGGAGCCCGACGACAGGAAAUAACACCAGUAAAGGAGGAUAAUGGUAAACAAGAAAACGUCGAUAUUGACAGUGCCAUGCAACGUCCUCAGGAUGGGAAUGCUGAAGUGAUCACUAACGUGAUACGCCCUGAUGAUGAUGUAAGCCUGAACGGAGACAGAAAGGAGGGAAAAGGAACGCAGAAAAGCAAACCCACGCCAAAACCAAAACGUGUGGGCAUGAGAUGGUUUCCUAGGUUAAAUAGAAAAAGACGUUCUAGAGCAAUUGUGCUAACGGAAGCUAGGGAGAAGGAGGAGCACAGGCAAGAGAUUGAAGGAGAACAAAAUGCUUUUAAAGGAAAAGGAAAAGAAAGUAAAGUUAUGCAAAAAUACACGGAAAAAAUAGUCCAACAUCUUGGUCAGGAAGAAAAUAGUAAUGUGGACAAAGUGUUGGGCACUGACUUGGCGAACAAUACGGAUUGCUGUCAAAUUGAGAAUAAUAUCGAGGUGAGUCAGGGGACCAUCGAAAUAGACCGUUCUGAAGCUGAGAAUGCUGGUCUAACUGGUCAAAUACAGACAAUACAAAAUAACGGUCUGGAUCUCAGAGUACAACUCUUAGAAAAGGAAAAUAAACAUUUAGAAAAAGAGAACAGCGACCUAAUGUAUAUUGGCGCACUUCUUCAAGAGGAAAGCCGUCGAUUCCCGUUAGCAGGAUUCCGUGGAUUCUCGGAGUUCCACGACGAAAGACAACUUCGCCGAGAAAUACAAAGGAAGGACGUCGAAAUUCAACAACUACUUCAAGAGAAAAGGCAGGGAACCAAUGAAAUUGACCAACUUCGACGAGAAAAAAGUGAGAUUGAGACUCAAAUUCAGAAAUUUAGUAAAGAGAAUAUGGAAAUGGCGACCCAGAUUCAACAAUCAAGUGAAGAAAAAGGUGCAAUGGUGAUCCAGAUUCAACAAUAUGAGCAUGAGAAAAAUGAGAUGGCGAUCCAGAUUCAACAACUUAAACAAGAGAAAAGUGAAAUGGUGACACGGAUUCAACAAUUAAUUGAAGACGAGAGGGAGAAGGCCAACGAGAUCGAGCAACUGAAAACGGAAAGCGUUACUAAGAAUAACAAUAUUCUACAAUGCGAGGAAGAAAAAACUAGAAUGAGCAAUGAGAUUCGGCACCUCAACGAAGAAAAAGAUGAGAUACGAAAUGGUUCGCUAGAACUUCAACAGGAAAACCACAACAUGAAAAUUGAAAUUCAACAGCUUCAAGAAGAGACAUUGUCUAGCUUUAUCACAGAAAGUGGAACAGUGAUAGUUUCUAAUGGGUCUGAGCUAGGAAGAGGAGGUUAUGCAGCUGUGUACAAAGGAGACUUUCACGGAACGGAGGUGGCAGUAAAGGAAUAUUAUCACGUUAUUAUUUCCCCGCAUAAUAUGAAAAUGUUGGAACGAGAAAUAAAUAUCGCUGCACGAUGUCGACAUCCCAAUUUGUUACAGUUUCUAUGUGCGACAAAAAAUGAUCAAAAUCAUUUGUUAAUCGUGACAGAACUGAUGGAUAUGACUCUGCGUUCUUUCGUCGAGGAACGAAAAGAAAAGUCGCGACUAAAAAAUCACGAAGUUAAAUUCAUUUCCUUAGAUGUCGCAUGUGGCUUAAACUACCUUCAUUCAAUGAAGCCAAGUCCAAUAAUUCAUCGUGACAUCAGCAGUGCCAACGUAUUGCUGAGCAUCGAGCAUGGCGAAGUGAGAAGAGCCAAGAUAUCAGAUUAUGGUUCAGCAAAUUUCAUGGAAGUUUGUACUACACCGAACCCAGGAUCAGCCGUUUACGCCGCACCAGAAGCAACGCAUGCUCAACAUAGCCCAAAGAUUGACGUAUUCUCUUAUGGCGUGCUGGUUUGUGAGAUGUUCAUUUCUGAGUUUCCCGAUAAAAAAAGAAUUAGUCAUCAAGUGAAGAGAAUUGACAAUGAUAGGAUCAAAAAAUUGGUGAAACAUUGUACAGCAGAGGAUCCACAGGAAAGGCCACCGAUGUCGCAAAUAAUUAGUUUAUGGCAACAGAUAAAAUGA